AUGCAAGCACACCUUUCGGCUAUUCACGAUGAGAUGUGGGGUGUUAUAGAAAAUGGCCCCAUCAUGAUAACAAUGGUCAACACGCAAGCAGCAGCUCAAGGAGCAGAUCCUACAGUGCUGAUUCCAAAGCCUAAGUCCCAGCUCACCUCAGAAGAAAAGACGAGAGCAAACCUUAACAACGUUGUGCGUGACAUCCUAUAUAAGUGUCUGGACGAUUCAUUGUUUCCAAGAGUGAGAAAGUGCAAGACAACCAAACAAAUAUGGGAUACCCUCAUGGAUCUAGGUGAGGGAGAUGAGCAAGAAAAGGACAAUAAGCUAACCAUGGCUAUGAAGAGAUUCGAAGACUUCAAGAUUCUUCCUAAUGAAAUAAUUGGCGAAAUGGAGUUUCGGUUCACAAAUCUUCUUGUAGACAUCUCUGACCUUGGCAAGGAACCAACUCAAAAGGAGAUCAACUUGAAGAUUCUCCGUGGAUUACCAAAAGCAUGGGAUAUGAAACUGACUGCCAUGAGAGAUCACCGAGACCUAAAAUCCAUUCAAACAACUAAAAUAUUCAGUGACCUCAAAGCUUAUGAGUUCGAGAAUGAGCCCAAGGAAAUUGAGGAACCCGAAACCAUAAAUAUCGCGCUUGCAGAUAGUAAGCAAACUUCUACUUCAAACAGGUCAAAUUCUAACCCAUCUGAAUUUUUAUCUGACGAACAGUUUUCUCUAUUUGUGCGAACAUUUAAAAGGUUCAUAAGAAAGAACAAAUUUCAAAAGCUGCAAACAUUCCCAAGUUCCUCAAACCGAAGGCAAGCAGAAAGAUCAUCCUAUCCCAAGAAAACGGAGACGGAGGAAGCUCAGGUGCUAUGCUACAAUUGUAGAAAGCCAGGACAUUUCAAGGCAAACUGUCCCCAUCCCAUUGUCCGCAAAUACCAUGAUAAGGAACCUAUCACGAGCUCUCCAAUCGAAAGAAAGGAUGCACCCGAAUCGAAAAGAGGAAACAACCGACAAGAGUCCAAUCUGUCACGACACGAAAGAAGAAGGAUAGCAAUGGUCGUGAAUGAAUCAAAUGAAGUGGUUGAACCCGAAGAGAGCACGUCAAGCUCCAUUUCAGAUAUCGAAAGUUCAGAAGCUGAAAAAGUGCUCCUCUGUUUGUUUAGCCGAGAGGAAAAUGAAAAUCAUAUAUGCCUGAUGGCCAACCAUGAUGAGGUAAACUCUCAACCCUCCUUUUCUACUCAAAUAGAAUCUAGUUCUGAGAGUGAAGAAAGUUCCAAUGAAUCAGUUAACAAAAUGAUAAGGGACUUUGAAGUUGUAAAAAACACAUACUCCAAGUUGAAAGAAGAGAACUCUCGACUUAUGAUCAGUUAUGACGAGCUCAGAAGCGUUAGAAUAAAAAACAUAGAGCUAGCGAUCACCAAUGAUCAACUCGAGAAGCAGGUUCUUCUUCUUAAGGAGCAGUGCACAGAAAGAGAAUUACGGGAACAAAAUCUGCGUGAGGUUAUUGCAUUAUUUACCAAUUCAUCUAAGAUGAUAGAUAGAAUGGUGAAUGCAUCAAGACUGCUAAGGGAAAAAGCCAGAAUUGGCUAUAGCCGAAGCUCCCCAUCACAAAUCUUGUUGAACAAACCCACGGAUCCUUCUUCCAAUGGAGUAAAAAAUCUGUGUUUGUUCAAGGACCAACUCAGAUGCCCGAGCCAAUGA